AUGAGUAGUAUUGGCUCUGAACAAAGGAAAGCAGCGCUAGAGAACCUCAAGUUCAAACGCAAGAACAGGCCGAGCAAUAACGUAGCGUCUGGUAGCGCGACGCCAGUACCGACGCCACCGCCAGUGUCGACGUCGUCCAUCUCGACGUCGUCAUCGUCGCCGCCGCCAUGGGCGCGAGGGGCGCCGCCGUCGCAGUCGCGUAAUGGUGCCGCGCCGCUGAGCAACGGGCGCGUCUUGCCUCAGACCCCGAUCCUCGGCAAUGUCCUCGUUCCAAACUCAAGUCCCCUGGGCGCCGCCCCCGACGCCAGCUUCAGCAGCGCCGAGGACGGCGAGAUCCCCGGCCUCAAUUAUUCUCAGCCGGUCCCGCCACCACCACAAUCACCCGUGAACGCGUCCUUCCGCAUGGAUCGUCUCACCAAACCGUCUGGCUUCGCAGGCAUCCCGAACCGCACGCUCGCCGGCCAGGUCAGGUCCCGCGACGCCGUUGAUGCCAACUGGUCGUCGGAGCCGCCGAAGAAGCGCCCGAAUUAUGGCCCGCCAUCGGCCGCGUCGAUCCCUCCAGCGCCAUCACCAGAGUCCCCAGAAGUCAUCAGGGCAGGCCAGCGCCGUCGCCCAGCGGCCGCUACUGCUCGCGAUCGUGUCACAAACAUAUCCACGUCAUCAGACGAUGCCUUGCCGACGCCCCCGCCACGGCCGACACCGACGCCCUCGGCCCGCGCCACACCCACCACCGCCAUCAAUAUUCACGCCAAGGGCGGGCGCUCCGAGGAGGAGGAAGCUCGCUUUCAGAAAUUCCGUCUGGCGUAUAUCGUUCUUCCUGCAGACGUCGUCGAGACGGCCUGGAUCCAUGUCAGUGGGGACAACGGCCGCGCCGCAAAGUUGCUCGAGGACAAUGCAUUCGUCUCGGGCAAGUGGAAGAUGCUGCGGGAUCAGCAGCAGGGGAAGCCGCCUCCCGUCUCUACUCCCACCCGCGCUGCCACUGCCACGCCGACGAAGGGCAAAGUGACCGGACCACCGUCAGACGGCGCCGGUGAAGAUGCUGCUUCCGGAAAUCCUCAUUCGAAAGGCCGUCGCUCCGCGAAGGAGGAGGUUGAGUUCAACAAGUUUCGGAUUCAGAAUAUCGUAUUCGAGACGAAUAAAGUCGAGGCUGCCUGGGUAGCCUCCAGUGGAAACACCGCGCUCGCCACCAAGUUCGUUGCAGACCCCAACUUCCAGUGGAAGCAACCGCCCCGGCCGCGAGCCCCGUCGUCAGGAUCUGGAGAGGGUCGCAAUAAGGAAGUUGAGGAGAAGGUUCGUGCUGAGCGUCUUGCUGCGAAGGAGCGUGGCAAGAAGUCCGCUAUCUACGCGAAACGUGCUGCUCUCGCGAGCCCGGAGAAGACUCGUGGAGAAUCUGCGACACCGGCACGCCCAUCCCCACCCGCCUCACCUGAAGUUGUCGCGCGCCGCGGGAAACGUCCGCGUCGGCUCAUCGAGUCAGAUGGCGAGGAAGACGACCUCCCGACACCGGCCUCGGAUGCUCCGCCUGCGCGCAUCAAGCGCCGCGUCAUGACGUCUGAGGAGCCCGAGGACGAGCAAGACGACGACGACGACGAAGGCGAGGUCGAGGUCGUCUCCAAACCUGUGGCCAUCGUUCGUGAGGCUCGUGCACCCCGGACGGAUGCACAACGUGCGCUCGAGUACUUCAACACUCAGAGUGCAGACCUUCUCCGCGAGCUCACAGGUUGUACUGAGAUCCAAGCCACUGAGAUCAUCAAGCUACGGCCGUUCGCGAAUGUCGCGGAUCUGAAGGAGCGCCUUGGCCAGGGCAAGAAGAAGGCCGGUCCGGCGAAGAUUAGCCCACGGAUGUUCGAGGACUGCGUCGAGAUCUUCGAAGGUUACUCGGCUGUCGACAACGUGCUCGAUCAGUGCGAGGACAUUGGCGCGGACUUGCAGGCUCGCAUCGCGCGGUGGACGACCGGUGGGAAGACACCCCCCAGCAAGGGCAAGGACAAGGCGCACAAUCCCGCUCUUGGCGAGGACGUUUGGGAGGAUGGUGCUCUCAGUUUGCGUAGUGUCGCGAAGGCGUCGAAGGACUUCCUCAGCCGCCAACCCAAGAUGAUCAAGGAGGGCGUUCAGCUGAAGGAGUACCAACUGCUAGGACUGAACUGGUUGCGUCUCAUGCAUCAGCAAGGCCACAGCGGCAUCCUCGCCGACGAGAUGGGUCUCGGCAAGACCAUCCAAGUCAUCAGUCUCUUCGCGCACCUGCACGAGACAGGCAACAAGGGCCCGCACCUCGUCUGCGUCCCUUCCUCGACGCUCGAGAACUGGGUUCGCGAGUUCGACAAGUUCGCGCCGGACAUCGUUGUUCAGACGUACUACGGCAAGAAGGAUGAACGCGUCGGUCUUCGUGCGGAGCUGCUGGAGUCGAUGGCACGCGACGGCAAGAAGGAUGGCUGGGAGGUCCUCGUCACGACGUACAACCUCGCUAGCGGCGACGAGAUGGACAAGAAGUUCUUCCGCAAGGUUCAAUGGGACAGCGCGGUGUUCGACGAGGGGCACAUGCUCAAGAAUUGCGACUCCUUGAAGUACAAGGCGCUCAUCCGUUUUGGUGGUCGCUGGAAGCUGCUGCUCACCGGCACGCCGCUACAGAAUAACUUGCAAGAGCUUGUCUCGCUUAUGAACUUCAUCCAUCCCAACAUCCUCGGGCCAGAGAUGGACGCCCUGCGCGCGGUGUUCAAGACCAAGGGUGACUCGAAGGUUGCGCUCCUCGCCAAGAACCGUGUAACCCGCGCGAAGCGCAUGAUGACGCCCUUCGUCUUGCGCCGCCGGAAGGAUCAAGUGUUGAAGGACCUUCCGCGGAAGAUUGAGCGAAUUGAGUGGUGCGACAUGACGCCGCUCCAACGCAGGCUGUACGACGAAGCCGUCGCUCGUUCGCGCAAGACGGCCCUCGAAGUGGAACCGACGGCCGACGAGGCUGCCGGUACCAGCAAAAAGAAGAAGGCGCCGAGCAAGGCCAAGGAGAAGAAGUACCUCGAGAAUAGUUCGAACGUGCUGAUGGACCUUCGCAAGGCGAGCAGUCAUCCGAUGCUGUUCCGUGUCAAGUUCGACGAUGCGGUGCUCGGGAAGAUCAGUCGUCUGUUGGUGAAGGAGGACGAUUACAGGAAGUAUCAGGCGAACGAGGUGUUCGAGGAGCUGUCGUUUUGGCCGGAUAUGGAACUGCAGCGAACGUGCUUCAUGUACAAGGCGCUCACUCCGUAUAUCCUGACGCCUGAUUGCUUGUACACCUCCGGCAAGGUCACCGUGCUCCUCCAGCUUAUCAAGCGGUACAGGGAGGAAGGCCGCAAGAUGUUGAUCUUCUCUCAGUUCGUCCAGAAUUUGGACAUCAUUACUGCGAUUCUUGACCACGAGAAGACGAAGCACCUGAUUCUGACGGGUCAGACGCCGGUCGAUCAGCGCCAAGCGCUAUGUGACGAGUUCACCGAAGACAAUGACAUUCCCGUCUUCUUGCUGAGCACGAAGGCCGGCGGUAUGGGCAUCAACUUAACCGCGGCGAGCGUCGUCAUCCUCUUCGACCAGGACUUCAACCCGCACAAUGACCGUCAAGCUCAGGAUCGCGCAUACCGUAUCGGUCAGAAGCGAGACGUAGACGUCAUCAAGCUCAUCACGCGCGCGAGCAUCGAGGAGGACAUGCUGAGGCUCGGACAGACGAAGCUUGCGCUCGAUGCGGCCGUUGCGGGUGACGGGACUGAGGAGGCCGGAGAAAACGUGGAGAAGCAAUUGAAGACGAGUUUGGUGGAUAUGCUGAGGAAACAGGCGAAGGAGGGCGAGACUCAAACCCAGGCGCUGGCAUAG